AUGGAUGAUUUUCGAAUCGAGUAUGAUGCUCCGAACUCUGUUUAUUUCCCUGGCCAACCUGUGACCGGAAAAGUGGUUAUUCAGAAUAGAGAGUGGAUCAAAGCGAGAUUUUUGAAAAUUUGCAUUCAUGGAGGUGCCCAUACAAGUUGGAGUGAAAGUGAGCGCAGAUAUCGGACAGACGCUAGAGGAAACCGUGAGAGUUAUACGGAGAGUGUACAUUACGCCGCUACUGUGAACUACCUCACUGGAGAGUCUAUUGCAUGGAAGUCUGCAGAUGGACAGGACCGCCUACCAGCUGGAACCAAUGUAUUUCCGUUCGCCUUCGCUAUGCCAGUAAAUUGUCCACCAAGUUACGAGGGAUGUCAUGGCCACAUUCGGUACUCGGUCCAUGUUGAGUUGGAUAGACCAUGGAAGUUUAAUAAGAAGUCUAGAAAAUGUUUUUCAGUGGUCCCUAUGUAUGAUUUGAACAUCACACCAACUGCCAUCAAUCCUAUGGUGAACUCUACAUCCAAAAACACUGGAUUCAUUCUUAAAAAAGGAUUGGUCUCUAUGACGGUUAGCCUCCCAAAACGUGGCUAUGUUGCUGGUGAAAUUCUCCCAAUCACCAUCAACAUUGAAAACAACUCCAAGUCUCCAGUAGUAGCCGUCAGAUCCAAAAUGACCCAAUUAUCUCAUUUUCAUGCUAGCCAUGGAAGUGCGAUGAAUGUCACACACCAUACUCAUCACAAAAACGACGAAAAAUGUGUGGCAGAGUCUAGAAGAAACUUUGAUGUGGCCCCUCACUCCCGCGGUCAAGUUGUUCUAUCAAUGAAGAUUCCAGCUAUUGUUCCAUCCUUCACUUGUCCAAUUAUUGAUGUGGAUUACUGCAUUUCCGUUAAACUGGACACUGCAUCUACAUUCGGUGGAACCCUCAAAGUUGAGUUUCCCUUGAUCAUUGGAACCAUCCCAAUUCGUCAGUUGGCUCCAACAGGAGCAGCCUCUGCACCUGCUGUAAUGCCAACAGUAUCACCAACAGCACCACCAUACCCAGUCAUUGGAGGAGGGGUUCCAGGUGCGUCAGUGUAUCCCACAGCUCCAUCAGCUCCACCAGCCUCACCAAUCGGACCUGGAGGUGUAGGAUUCGGAGCUCCUAUCGGGCCACCACCUAUGGCAUCUGCUCCACCUUCCUAUGAGGAAUCAAUGCAAGGUGUUACAAAGGUAGAAGAUUCCGAGCCUUUUGCUCCAAGAUAUCCAGUCUACAACAAUCUCCAAGAAACAAGUCCUCUUCCUCCAUAUACUCCCGGUGCUGCACCUCCAUUGCCAAGCAAAACUGGAUUCUAA